AUGACCUGCAGAGGAAAGAAUUCACUUCACGAAUUGGAAAAGGGUAAAAACUAUGCAGAAGUGGACACAUUGAAUGUACAUCAAGCUGGACUUGACUUAUCUGAUGAUCUCUUUCCAAACGGAAUAAACUUCAGUCGUUUGACACUUUUGAAUGCAACUAAUAAUGAAAUAACAAGAAUAGGAAGACGUGGAUUUGACAAGACUCGACAUGUUCAGUUUUUGUAUCUUUCUAAUAAUAAGAUUGCACAUGCUCAGCCAGAUCCAUUUCAGUCUUUGGAAAAGUUGGAAUUACUCGAAAUGGACGAUGCACUCGAUGGAAACGGUGAAGAUAAAGCUGAUAUGCUUCGUAAUUUUUUCAAAUCCAAAAACAAUUUCAUUCAUUUAUCGAAAAUUGAACUUAACAAAAAUAGGCUCGAUGAAAUUCUCCCGAAAACAUUCUGUGGGGUUCAAGGUUUGAAGAGGUUGGAACUGUCGAACAACCGUCUUCAAUCAUUUAACUUCGCUCGUAGUUGUCUCGGAGAACUGAAAGCUCUCAUGUUGGCUGGAAAUCUUAUUCAAAAGAUUCCAGCUGACAUUUGGGAUUUCCUUCCAUCUGUUUCCAGUUUGGAUGUUUCGAACAAUCCAUUAAACUGUGAUUGUGAAACUGUUCGAUUGGUUAGAGAUGAUGACGUCGUUUUCAUCAAUCAGGCCGAAACAAAAUGCGCAUCUCCUCCAGAAGUAGAAGGAAAAAGUAUCUUCGAACUGAGAAAAGAUUACUGUAGCACUGCCAGAAAUCCCACUGGAAAAUCUUCAUUCUUCCAGUUUAUUGUUCUAUUUGUUAUUGCUGUUGGAAUUCUGUUUGCCUACAAAAAGUACCGUGAACGUCUAAGUCACAUGAGCUCAGCCCCAGUUGGAUACACAAAUCUGCAACAUGAACAAGCCGUUGAACCAGAAUUCGUGUAG